UCUGCUAAUGAAUAUUCCAGUACAUUAUUUAGGCGUAAUCACAUAUUUUUAAGAGGAAACUGAAUUUUGCACUUAUCAAGUUUUUGCAACCAUAAAGUAGCUAGAAUAUUUACAACUUUUCACACUGUGACGUGACGAGUAACAACAAAUGAAAAAUGUCAAAUUCAAAUUACAAAUAAGUUCAAACGGUUGCAUUACUUAUAAAAUUUUGUUGUGAUUUACAAUUUUGGAGUCAGUGUACAUAUAGUGGAAUGUUAAUUUGUUUGAUUUAAUUAAAGUAUUGACGUACAGUUACAAAUGAAAAUGCCACCAACGGACGCCGAUGUGCCGCAACCAGUAGCGGCGACGAGACCGAACCCGCGAAACAAUCCUGUAAUGUUCAAAAUAUUCCAAAAUGUACAAUACAAUGUUGUUCAACACAAAAAAUAUGUGAAGGAAAUGACCAAAUUAUACAAAAAGUUGGAUGAAGACACAUUCAGAGAGAGUUUUAAGAAUGCAUUAAUGUAUUUGUUCACCUUUGGUGACACAAGUGCCAAUGUUGACCGAGUGGUGCAGUUUGUUGCCACAUUCUGCACGUCGCUGGAUGAUGAGGAAGAAUUCUUGCUGUUCAUAUUUGAUAUUAUAUUUGAUUGUCAAUGUGUAUCUGGCCAGUCCAUACGCUACAGAGCGAGUCAACUGCUUGCAGCAGUGCUGUCAGCGUUAGGUGAAGAUGCAUCACUUGAUGAUGAUCUCUGUGAUAAACUGCUUACAUCACAGAUGCAAAGACUUCAAGACACUCGCGGCGCCGUUCGUUGUCGAGCAGCGUUGGCGUUAGAACGACUACAAAAUCCAAUGGAACCUGAUGAUGAAGUGACGCGCGCCUACCGCUUCCAUAUGAGCUGCGACCCAAGCUCUUCUGUCAGAAGAGCUGUAGUUAUGUCGAUAGCUAAAUGCACGCGUAACGUGCAGUUCGUACUCGAACGCUUGUGCGAUGUGGACGAGGCAGUGAGGCGCGCCGCGUUUCUCUACAUAGCCGCUAUCAAUGUCACCCAACUGCGUGUCCGACAACGUGUGUUAACGCUUAAGGUAGGGCUUACAGAAAGAGCGCCACGUGUACGGCGUGUGGUGGAAGAAAUCCUUAUACCUGGUUGGCUAAGUUCGUUUCAAGGGAAUAUUAUACAUCUACUAAAAGCUAUACGCCUCGACAAUGCUCAUGACGCUAAAGAUUCCCAAUACGUUGCUGGGAAGCUAUUGGAGUCAUUAUUUAAACGCCUCCCCAUAUCGGAGCUGCUGGAAUGGCUUCCAACAGACAAGUCGUUACGUCUGAUACCUGCUGAGAAGUUGAAUAAAGAGACGGCGUGGUACUGGCGAUAUUUGUCUGAACAUCUGCAGAAAAUCGACGACGAUGAGACACUUGAGACUAUAUUGCCGGAUCUAGUUGUACUCACUGGAUACAUAAGAGCUAUAGUAGAAUCUCCGUGUCCGUCGGAGAGCGAGGAUCCCGUCGGGUUCAGCACGCGACAGUACGUGCUGCACGAGCUGGGCAGCAUGUUGCGCGUGUACGACGCGUCCGACCCUGCAGGCAGGACGGCCUUGCAGUCACUCAUCACUGACGUAUUGACUGGCGACUACGGGCCGUUGAGCAGCGACGUGAUCCGCGCGUUCGUGUCGGCGCUGGAGCUGGUGGUGGGCGAGAUCUCUCCGCGCAUGGAGGUGAUCGGCGGCGUGAUCUCCGCGCUCCGCGACCCGCCCGACGCGGACGUGCCCGACACCCCGCCGCCGCCCGUCGACAGCACUGAACUCAAGAUGCAGAGAGCGCGACUUCGCGUUUCGUUGAACGUGGCCAUAGAAGCACAAGAGGAGGCCGUGAGGGACCAAAACUACGCUCUGGCGGCGGAGUGUAAAGCAAAAGUGGAGGAUAUACAAAAAAAACUGGAAGAUUUGAGCGUGCCGGCCGCUCCGCCACCAUUACCCACCAUCACUACGAUAAAAGAGAAGUUAACGGACGUGCCGACUCUAAGGAAGUGUUUGACGAUACUCAACUGCGCUCUCGACACUCCACAACUGAAGACUGUUACGCCCAUGAUGCGCAUGAUUUUCACUGAAUUAGAGGUGGAAAUUUUCCAAAACCCUGAGAUACUGGAGACUGCGUUAGAAACUGUGGCUCUGUAUGGAAUGCUCGACAAAGACUUUGCCAAAGAAAAUAAAGCUUUCUUCUUUGCUAAUUUGAUCGACACGUCGAACGAGAGCGUGGUGACGACAGUGCUGAAGUGCGUCGCGGACCUGCUGUGCGUGCACGGCGCCGGCGUGUUCGAGGACGACGCGCGCGACGUGUCCGCCGCCACCGUCGCCUCCGCCGCCUCCGCCGCCGCCGCCAAGCGACGCACAUACAUCGACGCUACGGACGAAGAGGGUAAUCUCUCGGAAUCCGCCAUAUCACUAUCUCCCAGCCACAGCACAGUUAUUGAACUAUUAUUGAAAAUCAUGGAUGGCACAUGUGCUGCGUACAGAUUGAUUAUAGUGGAAGGACUGUGUCGACUGUUACAUUUGGGCCAUCUGGAAUCUCCGUCCAUACUCAGCAGGUUGCUGUUGCUCUGGUUCAAUCCUGCCACAGUCGACGAGGAUAUGCUACGUCAGACGAUUGGAGUGUUCUUCCAAACAUUCCCAGCGACUGUGGACGGCGCACAAGACCAAAUACAGAAAGCAACUCUGCCUACUCUUCGAGCUUUAGCUAAUGCCCCGUCUAGUUCUCCGCUAUCUGAAAUCGACCAGGAAGCUGUUGUUAGGUUCAUUGUGUCGUUAACAAGGAUUAACCAUGAGCUGACAGACAGCCAAGGCGGCAUGGCGACGGUGCUGUGCCAGUACGUGUGGCGGCGCGCGGCGGCGCCGGAGUGCGCGCUGGCGUGCCGCGCGCUGGCGCUGCUGGCGCCGCCGCGGGACGCGCUGCUCGCCGCCGAGCUCGCGCACAUGCUGCGCGACUUGUGCCAGAAAUUACCAGACAAACAAUCGUGUCGUAAUCUGACGCGGUACUUGGGCGCGUUGGAGGCGACGGAACGGGCUAGCCUCAACAAAAUGUCUAAUACAGGAAUCGCAGAAGGCACUAUGCAAGAAGAUACAAUUGGGACGAUUGGAAGAGCAACUACUUCUUUACCCCAGCCGAUAGCACGCAGUACACACGUCGUCAUAAACGAAACUAUUGAAGAGCGAGUGGAAAUAGACGAGUCGACGCCACCUGAGGGGAUCUCUAGAAUAUCCGAAGAUCAUAGACCAAUGGACACCAGUCCUAAAUCUAGACGUCGUUCUUCGGGCACGGAGACGCGUCCGGCUCGAAGUACCGAAGUGCACUCCGACUCCAGCUGCGACGUCUCACCGGUCAAGAAAGCCAAGGUUACGAAGGGGAGAAGGAAAAAGCUGUCAAUGUCUAAGAAAUCCACCGAAUCUGAUACUACCAAACCUAAUAAAAAGGAGAAAGCCAAAGAAGACACGGAGAAAACAAAAGGAAAGAAGAGCGCUGAAGAGACUGACAAAGGCGUUAAGAGAUCUAGAUCACAACGCUCCUUGGAAGAUGUUGAUAGAGUACAAAAAAACAAGACUGAAGCCAAAGGAAAAAAGCCGGCCGCGAAACAAACUCCUUCGCCUCCACAAGAUUUCGACACGUCCAAUGUGACGAUACGCAAGUCCAUGAGAAGCAUGCAGUCCGGGUCCAGCACCGAGUCUAAUAGUUCCGACAGUAGGAAAGGAAAGGGGAAGGAGAAAGUGACGGUUCCGAGAUCUCGUCCGACGACUCGCAGCUCCGUGGGGUCGGACCGCAGCAGCGCCGGCUCGCGCUCCUCCGUGCUGAACAACUCCAACGACGAUACCACCCUACAUACUAUAGUCUAUGAGAAGGAGUUUGAACAAGAACUAUUAAACGACUCCAGUGAACUACAAGAAACAAGACGCAGCUCGCGAGGGAACAUCACUAUACCAGAGACACCAGACGGCAGUGAUGAGUCUGAACCAGAACCAGAACCGGCGCCAAAAGGAAAACGGAAGGGGAAGAAAUAAACAAUAUUUAGUUGAUUAAUAUUUAAUAAAACUACUUAAUAGCA